GGAACAGUACGGACCGUUCAACGGUAUGAGUCGGUCGAUCAUAGAAGUUUGCUCGUCGUGACCCAAAAUAGAAAGGCAAAACAAAAAUGAGUGCCAUUAGUAAGCAUUGGGAUCAGCUUACCGCUGGGGUAGAAUGUUCUACGCUAGCGCAUCCCGGGAAAACCUGCCACGAUCACAUCCUGUUUCAACUGCGGACCACCGUCUGGGGAAACAUGCAGUUUUUCAUACCGGUUUCAAUUCUACGAUUGUUCCUGUUGGUGUACUCACGGAAAUCGAUUUCAUGGCAAACCCUAAGACAGACCCUGUUCGAAUUUGGCUGCAUGGUGCUGAACGGAUGGGCCGUGUCCAACAGCUGGAGUGUCUGCUUCUGUGCGUUCUACCACGGGUUCCAGCGAGUUAUCAACAACUACUCCGUUUCGUUGGCAGCCCUACCAGGAACUUUGCUGAUAUUUUGGAUGCCUCACUAUGUCCAGAUGAGCCAUUCAAGAGGCAUUUUCAAUGUGUUUGUAGAAUGUUGGCUCAAAUCCAGGGAGCAUCCUUUGAUACAGUGGGCUAGAGAAUCGAGAACGAUAGGAACCGGAGCGUUCAUGCUUAUAAGUGCGUUGAUUGGGUUCUUUGCGCAGCGUACGAAAGCGGUGGAAUUUUGGUUUUUUGCACCGUUAAAGAAAACGAACAACGACCAACAUAACAAUCCGUGCUACCAUCGUAGUACCUGUCAAAACUACAUUCUCGACGGUAUGAAAACAUGCUUCACAUUCGGUAUGAUUCUAGAGCUUGCCCGCAAACUGAUAUCAUCCGCUCCUAAAAUUCGGCAGAAUCCUGCAACAUUUUUCCGGCUUUUUGCACGAAUACGCUACAAGUUUGUGGCCUUCCUCACACUUUACAACGGACUGUUUCGAUUAGUUACUUGCUUCCUAGCUCGACACCGACGAAAAGUUUCCGAUUAUGACAGCACCAUCGCGGGCCUGAUUAGCGGAUUGGCAUACUCACUUUCACCGAAUUUCAACGUAUUCGGUCUGGCAGUGACUGCCAUGAUUCAGAACAUUUGGAACUUCAUCAGUGAAAAGUACGCUCGGCUAGAUGGGAUCAAAUGGUUCAACCGUUUGUCAUUCUCCUCGAUCGUUUGGGUAAUUCUUGCGAAUUAUAACAUGUACAGCAGAGCCUACUAUCCGUACGCGAUGUCCAAAUACGCACUGAAAUUUACCGACGUGUGUUCCAAUUCACAAUCUCGGACAGCUUCGGAGUGUCUAGCCAAGUUGUUUCUAGUGACCAACUGAGAAGAAUAUGCUUCAUUUGUUUACUCGUUUUAAGUUGAAAUAAGUAUUUGUGAUAAUAGGUUAAUGGGUUUCAAAGGCAUAGGAAAGAUACCAGAUGGGGCAGACUGUGUAAAACUGUGACAAUGAAUUAAUGUAAAAGGAGUUAAUGUCCUGCUAGAAUCAUGAAGGUAUUAGUCAUAAAAGUAACAGUAUAUGAUAGUAAGCGCAGUUCACUUUGCGAGAAAAGUGGUAUUUGCAUAAUAUUGAAUAAAAUGAAGAUUUCGUGAAAAA